AGGAGGUGGGGGCAAGUUAGCCAAAGCAUGUGUCCGGCGUUUUGUCAUGAGGAAAAGUGCGGUCGGAAAAGCUCACAAAAAUCAGGGGAAAUGAGCCACGCAUGCGUUGGAGAUGGGGAAAAGUGUCGCUUUUUCUUCGUGCUGUUGCCUUCCCAAAUGCACCGCUCGUAGCUUUUCAGUUCGUUGCGGAUUUUCAAAUGGAUCACAUUUAAACCGUACAACCAUCAUUCAUACAUUAACAAAAAAAAUCAAUCCGUUAAAGAUUCUUUUUUUUUUAAUUCUUUUAAACUCUAUAUCCCAAGUGUUUCGGGAGAAUUUUCAGCAAAGACAAUUUAGACGGCGGUUUUUCGAUUUUUAUGUUUUCAAUUUAAAAUAUCCCAAAAAUAGUCUCAAAAGUUUAACUAGUUUUUUUCUUUUUAGAAAUCUUUUUUUUUGUGUGUUGCGACAAAAGCGCUCCUUUGUGUGUGUUUUUAGUUUUGUGUCACGGGAACAGCAGAGUAAGAGCCGCGAGGGAAAAAUAUCGUAAAUAUUUCACGUACAUAAAUAGCCAGGGAGUAAGGUGAGGCAAAAGAAAAGUCAUCGAGAGGAGGAGUGACCAAAAAAAAAAAUUUUUUUUUUCGGGGGUGGCAAUUGGGCAAAAGCAGCAAAAGUACAGCAAAAGAACUGAACAUCGAUUUUGUUUCGAGCGGCUUAAUUUUAUUUUAGACCCCGAAUGUGAGGUAAUUAAUUAUGCGAUGAAAACGAUAAAAGUUCGUUUCUUCUCACUCACAUUCACUUUCUGACGAAUAUUCACAUGAAAAGUCACUUUUUUCGUGUGAGCUCACACACAUUUUUCUGAAGCAGAAAAGAACCUUCGAAAAUAAAUCCUCGGCCACUAAAGCUGCUCAAACAUCAUAAAAAGGAGAUUUUAACCAAAUAAGAAAAAUAAGAAAUUGAAAAAAAUAAACUCAUAGUGUCAGUGAAACUGCAAAGGACUCUCACAGUUGCAAAAGAUUGGCAAAAGUUGCUCGAGGAAAGAAACAGGAUCCUUUAUGUGCUGUUGAAACAAAGGACGUCCUCCAAGAAGGGACUCCCUUAGUGUAUUUUUUCCUGGUGGAUCUGAUUGUGACAUGUGAUUAAAAUAUCAUCAGAAAAAAAAGCACAACAUAUUUUCAGGUCCACUACUUAAGCAACACUGCAAGUUCAACAGCAUCCAUCACAGAGGACUUUUAUUAAUUUCCCUGAGGAAAAUUUCAUAUAAACUUUCACCUCUGACUUUGACUGCGAGUAAUUAUCUAGUAAAUUGAGAAAGUCUCCUGGAUUGAAAGGUGGCAACUUGACACUGACACGUAGUGAAUGCAGUGAAUUCUGAGGCAUUUCUAGCUCUAAAACCCUUCAGAUAUUCUAUCUAGUACUUAAUGAUUUCAACCAUGACAAUGAAGUUUCUUCAAAAUUUAUGACUACGGCACAAUUGCGGUGCUAUUGAUAGAUUUUAGGAAAGUUAACUCUCACGUGUGAAAUUUCGUCUGCGAAAGGUCAUCUGCGGCUCUUGGGAAUAGGAACUGCGGCAAAAGGAAGUCAUCGCGGUGAGAGGGAAGGAGGUGGAACCAACGCUGGAUCUCACAGAAAGAUGUCACAGUAUGGAUUUGCCAUGUGAAAGAGUGCUGUUCAAAACGGAUCUGCUGGUGCCCGAAGCGGCGACACGCGACAGUGUCUCCCGGCGGAAGUAUCGCCGACGCCGACAAAGCAGAAAGGCGCCAUGUGACGCCGAUGGAGCCCUCGGACGUGUGCUCACAUCAGCGGAUGUGGCACAUGCCAUUGCCACAAAAUUGUCACAAUUGAUGAAUUUCAGCAUCGCAAGGGCCUCCUACACCAGCAGUCACUGUCUCGUGCGGCACUCUCUGUGCUUCUAUGCUGCCUCCAGCUUUAUCCUGGCCCUGUGCUAUCUGGCAACCCCAACAGCCGCCUCAGACACCGCACACCCCAUUUUUGCCGAGGGGAAGUCUGAUAAAGAAAUUCUGGAUCAUCUCCUCAAGAACUCGAGAUACGACAAGAGACUUUUACCGCCAGUAGACGAUGCAGAUUUCUGUUGCGGUAUGGAAUCGCCGGAAAUGGCAAAAAACUUAUCGAUUCGAGCAACACCUGGACGUGUACAGAAUCGUGGAACCUUGACAGUUAACGUUAGCGUCCUAUUACUAAGUUUAGCAUCACCCGAUGAAUCUAGUUUGAAAUACGAAGUUGAAUUUUUACUGCAGCAACAGUGGUACGAUCCACGCUUGAGGUAUGCCAAUCAAUCCCAAUAUGAAUAUUUAAAUGCGAUUCAUCACCAUGAAGAUAUAUGGCUGCCAGAUACUUAUUUCAUAAUGCAUGGUGACUUUAAGGAUCCAAUUAUUCCAAUGCACUUUGCAUUGCGCAUCUAUCGAAAUGGGACAAUCAACUACUUAAUGAGGCGCCAUUUGAUCUUAUCGUGCCAGGGACGGCUGAAUAUAUUUCCAUUUGACGAUCCUUUAUGUUCGUUUGCGCUCGAAAGUAUAUCAUACGAGCAAUCAGCCAUAACGUAUGUGUGGAAAAACGAUGAGGAUACAUUGCGAAAGAGUCCAUCGUUAACGACCCUCAAUGCGUACCUCAUUCAAAAUCAAACGAUAGCGUGCCCCAUUAAAGCCAGCUGGAGAGGACUUGACGGUGUAGUCCCUCAAAGGAACUAUAGCUGCCUCAAGGUGGAUCUAAUAUUUACAAGGGAUCGUGCAUUUUACUUUACCACGGUUUUUAUUCCGGGCAUUAUACUCGUUACUUCUUCAUUCAUUAAUUUCUGGUUGGAAUGGAAUGCCGUACCAGCUCGUGUCAUGAUUGGUGUGACAACAAUGUUGAAUUUUUUCACAACAUCCAAUGGUUUCCGCAGCACGUUGCCAGUUGUGUCCAAUUUGACGGCAAUGAACGUGUGGGAUGGUGUUUGCAUGUGCUUCAUCUAUGCAUCCCUCCUGGAAUUUGUCUGUGUUAAUUACGUAGGACGGAAGCGUCCACUCCACAAUGUUGUCUAUCGACCGGGAGAGAAUCCUGUUACACAGCGACUUCCAGCUGUCCUUAGCAGGAUUGGAAUUAUUCUCGCAAGUCCCUUGGAAGUGAUCGAAUCGGAAUUUAUGGCUGCAAUAAGUGCGGAAAAGCCACCAGAUGCGUCAACGGCGGGAAAAGGGGCGUCCAAGAAAGCACCACAAGAUGUGGAGGAGGAUGAUGUUGAAAUGGGUGGUGCUGAUUCACCCAUGAAGCCACCAAGGAGGAAAAUCUCACGCACAGUCCCCUAUGAGACCACAAUUAAUGGCAAUUGCGACGAUGAUGAGGAGUCUGGUGAGAAGAAACGCGAAUCAGGAGGCCCUAAUGAGAUAGUCGCGUGCACGAGUUGCGGAGGUGGUACAAGUCCUUGCACACAUUCAGCAAACAAUGGCUGUGCAACAGAGACGUGUUUCGUCCAAGUUCGGAAAAAAGAACCGCCCCAUCCGAUAAGAGUGGCAAAGACAAUUGAUGUCAUCGCUAGGAUUACAUUUCCAACUGCAUAUGCCAUCUUUCUCAUAUUCUUCUUCAUUCACUACAAGGGAUUCUCCUAGAAAUGGCUCAACAUCGCAUCAUCAUCAUCACUCGGCGUAAACGAGUUUAUUCUAAUUACACCAAUUCAGUUAUAUCUCUUGGUUACAUGAAGAAAACGAAAAGCAGAAUUUACAAGAAAAAGAAACAAAAAAAAAUAUCGGAAAUGGAAUAAUUUCGAACAAAAAUCAACUUAGGUGCUUCUGUCUGUAUGUAGAAGGAUAGGAAUAGGGAUGAAUGAAAUCAAUUCAAAAUGAAUUUUAAAAAAGAAAAAUUAUAUUAGUAAUAAGUGUCACAUGUUCAAUACCCAUCAAGCUGCAAGAAAACGCUGACAUAACCACAAAAAAAUUUCACAGGAAAUUUUCUUUCAAAAAAAAAAAAGUAACAAAAGAUGAUGAAAAAUACUGCCUUUAAAUGCAAGUCAAGGAUGUUAUUAAAUUUUAACUUAAAAUACGCAUUAAGAUGCAAAACACAUUCGCAAUUAUAAAAUCCAUACUUUAUGUAUCGAGGUGAAAUGAAUAAUGUGUAAUUAUGAGUAAUUUAAAUGCCACACGGCAAUACUAAAAAGCUUCAUGUGCUUUUCAGGAACCCACCCUUUAAAAACUGAAAGUUUGAGAUGGUGGAUGUAUGGGAAAAGAACUAAAGGAAAAUCCCUCAGACAGAAAAACCGGAUUGAGCUGAAAUAGAACAAUCGAGAAGAAAAAUAUCAAUGCACAUUUAUCGUAGUUCAACUUUAAUAUAUUACUGUGGGAUAUUUUAUGUGAUAUUUUGUAAUUGUGUUACUUAUUUAUUUGAGUUGAAAACAGCAAUAUUUGUGUUAAAAUACGGAUUUCUUUGGUUAGGAAGUAACCAUAACCUUGAAAAACAACUUCUUGCGUGCAAGACUUCUUUUCAAAUAAAUUUUGCAUCACUAAAUGGUUCGAUCUGCUUUAAAAAAAACUUUUUUAAUCUUUUUUUUAACUCUUUAACUGCAAAUUUUCUAUAUGAAUUCCUCUUGCAAAACAACUGUAAAUCGGGGAAAUAACCUCCAAAUGACAUAACCUGUAACACAUUUCGACGAAUAAUAAGUUUUAAAUGCCCGUUUUGUCACAUUCUAAAAACUAAGAAAACCGUUCUAUGAAGACUAUAAAAGCAAGGGGUAAUUUAUAUAGGAAAGAUCCGAGAAAUGCUUUGCAAAACCCGAAAAACCUACUUUUUGCAUCGCGAAACCCGACAAACCCACUUUUUGCAUCCCGAAACCCAAUUUUUGCAUCGCGAAACUCAAUAAAUCAAAAACCCUUGUCAGUAAAAAUCUUAAUGCGUUACCCCUUGGUUCUGAAUCGAAGCAAAUUGUUUUUAACCUUAAAGAAUAUUUAAUUUAAGCACAAAUUCAUACGAAGAGAUGCAAAAACGAAUACCACAAUGGCAAAAGUCGAACUAAGCACUAUAAGAUAAAUCAGUAAUGCGCCUAAACACACUUACAACUUAAGCCGUGAUACGGUUUAACGUAAUUAUAUUCAAAAGGCAAAACACAAACCAUGCAGUAAUAAAAAAAAUCAAAACAAAGCAGUAAAAAUUAAAAAUGAGCAGUAAAAUAUCUAAUUAUGGUCAGUAAGAAACAUACAUCUUUACAAAAAUGGGUGUAAUUUAUAUAUUUAAUAUUUAAAAUUGUUGAAACUAGAAUGAAAAGCCCUUUAUUUUCCCUUUGCCACAAUUUGGACGACAAUAUCACUGUUUCAAAUUUUUUUGUUAAUGCCAUUGUCUUUGGAUCUAAAUAGUCCCGUAAAGACUCAGUUUUCUUUAUUGUAUCCUUUAUGGCGCUGCGAUCGCUUUUUCUGCAGGCACAUUUUUUACUCCUUCCCUUAAACGAUAUUUCCAAAUGAAAAUUAAAUUAAUCCAAAGACAAUGGUUAAUGCUCAAUUUUAAAUUGUUACUGCUCAUUUAUACAAUGCCUGUUCAAAAUAAUGAUCAGAUUACAUUUCCAUCAGUUUUUGAAUAAUCUGUCUCCCUGAUUUAGCUGAGAAAGGGCUUAGUUAGUGGGAAACUGAUGGGAAUAUAGUCAAAUCAUUAUUUUGAUUAUAAUUAUGUUAAACCGUCUCUCAGCUUAAGUCGUAACUGUGUCUAGGACGUCUAGGGCAUAGUGCUUUAAGAAGUAUUUGGAUCAACGGUGGCUUAUAGAGAAAAUAUAUUUUCGUCUAUCUGUUCUAAAGUUAUUUUAUUCUCUAGCUAGGAAAAAAAUUUUUUUCGGAUCACCAGUAAAUCACUGCUCCUCUAAAGACUAAACUUUAAAUCCUUAAAUUGACAUUUUAAGACUUGUUUUCUAAUAAAAUUUCAAGUUUAAUGUGUCAAAUUUUUUUAUGCUUCUUCACUGUGAGAGAAAUCCAAAAAAGUUAAAAUAACAUUCCGGAAAUGUUUAUUUUAACCUGCAGUAUCGAUCCGAAAUCGGUGUAAAUAUUAUGCUUUUUAGGUGUAUUAGGGGUUAAAGUUACCCUUUUCCAUGUUAAUUUUACCCUUAAAAAGGUGUAAAAUUAACAUUAAAAAUUGUUGAUAUAUUUUUACACCUAAAAAGUGUUAAAUUUAUGAGUAAAAAAGUUAAUCGCACCCCCGUUUUUUUCUCAGUGUUAAAAUUUAGCAAAUUUUUCGAUCACUAAGCAUACUUUAAAUUUUCUAUGAAUUUAAAACUGGUCACAAGGAUUUAACAAAGUUUGAUUAAACAGUUGAGCAAACCGCAAGGAGCAAAAUCGUAAUAUCGUAAGUACUUAGAACAGAAACCUCAAAAUCGUACAAACUUUUCAAAAUCUAGCACUUUUUGUUUAAAGAUCCCGUUUUUCACUUACUAUGAAAUCGAAGAUCAGUAGAUUUUUUCAUUGAACCUGAACAAUUUUGUGAUCAUCAUGCUGAAAUACUGAGAUUUUUGUACACAGAUCAGAAAAUCCUGGUGGCGGUACUAGCUGGAUUAUCCAUUUAGGGCUUUGCGUUUCCGUGUACCCAGUUCGGGUUUUCACAUUUUUCGUACCUCUUUCUUUGUUGAGAAAAUCGUUCUCUGGAAUAGCUUAGCACGCGAACGGAAGGGGUAGCUAAUCUUUUGAUUUGUCGCUGCCACCUAUUAAUCGCCUUUAUUUAUGAGCUUGACAAUCAUGCGUUUUUGAAAUACAAAAAUCCCAAAAAUGCAGCUUCAGUGUGGUUAUUAAUAGUAUUCUUAAUUACCUUUUGAAACCAGUAAAAUACUGAAAAAUUUAAUCUUAAGUUAUACCGGAUUUAGACCUGAGAUUUAUCUCCAUAUAGAUUGAGUUCUAUAAUUUCAAAAUAUACAAGUAUAAGGGGAGUGGGGCACCUUUGAAUUGGGGAACUUUUCUAAAGUGGUUUUUCUCCAAUUUUUAUAUGGUACUGGACCUUAAGAUAAAUUACAUUAUGAUAAGGCUCUGACCCAUUUAAAAAUAUGUGUGAUUAGAAGGAAUCACACCUAAUUAGGGCCCCUACUUUCCACUAUUAUUUGAGUUCUCAAGAGGCUUCUAGACCUUCUGGAGUACCCCUUUUGUUAAGUGAUCUUCAGACCAGAGGUAUAUCCCAGUUCCCGAAGGUUUAGAUUUUUUAAGCAACAAGUAAUAGUAGUGUUUUUUUAAGAUAUAUUAAAAAUAUAUUGCUAUAGACAAAAAAUUUUUCAAAAAUAUUUCUUAUUGAAAUAUGACAGCCAAGCCUAAAAAUAUAACUAAGCCUUGUCUUAAACCCGUGUUCCGUUUCCCGGCUUGACUGAUGCGGAUUUACAGCAAUAUCCUACUGAUUUUCAACGAUAUCAUUACCCAAACAAUUAUUAACACAAUUACAAAAAAUCACAGAGAAAUCCCAAACUAAAAAAAAGUCUAUACAAAAUGUUGAGAAAGGAAAAUAAAGAUUUUUUUUCAAAAAAAUCUUGGCUAAAAAUUUUUAUUAUUAGAGCAAUAAAUGAGACUAUUUUCUAAAGUUAUAAGAAAAAAUUAAAAAAAAAAUCUCAGAAAAAGAUACCAAAAAUUCACACAUUUUUAUCGAAAAAAAAAAGUUAUUGUAAAAAAAAUAGGUAGUAAGGAUAACGAAGAAGAUAGGAAAAGCUGUUCAUCUCAUAUUUUGUAAGUUUCUUUUCUCUUUCACCCAAGAAAAAAAAACACAAAGAAUUGGGAGGAAUUUUAAAUGCUAUUUCUCACUAUUCACUGUAAAUAAAUAAAAUGAUAAUUUUGAACGAAAGAAUCAACAUAAAAUUAUACAUAAAAUAUAUUUUAUACAUAGGAAAUAUUCUAAAAAGGAAAGCAGACAAAGAUAACUGUAAUAUUUCAUUGCACGUGCUUUUUUCAAAAAAAAAAAUCAGAAGAAAAAUAAGAAAAGAAAGUAAGGGAUUUUAAAAAAUCUCAGCUAACAAGGAAACAUUAAACGAAUGAGAUAAAUUUGUGUGGAAAUCAUGCUCAGAAUUUCCUCCAAUAAGAAGAACCACUUGGUGUAUUCCGGGUAAACUUGAGAUAAAUUGGACCAAAUUAUAAAUCACUUUUACGCUAAAUACGUAUAGUUAAUGAAGACGAAAGCAAGAGGGAAAAACCUGAGUAAAAAAAAACAAUGAAAAAGAACUAUUUUAAUAGGUGCAACUUGUUAAACGGAUUUCUUACCGAUGACUAAUUAAGACAUUUUUGAACACAGCGCUUAUCUUGUGAUUUUUGUGCCCAAUAUUUUCAUUGACAUAUCAAUUUGCUGUGGAAUAUUUAUUUAUUUUCUAAAAUGAAAAAAAAAAUAAUGAUCAACUUAAUGCAAGCUAUAAAUUCAUUUCUGAACCAUUUCUAAUGCCUUCAUCGAUGGAGAAUUUGAGGAAGAACCCACACCAAAAGUGCACUAGUGGUAAAGAUCAUUGCCUUAAAUGUUUCAUACAAUUCAUCAUUUAAUUUUCACUAACUUCUGAGAGACCAUUUGCAAUAUUGCGAAGAUGACAAAGAAUAUUUCACAGCAAAUACUUUUUAGAAAGAUAUGAGAUUAUAAGGAAAAUUCUUAAGAGAGAAUUUUUGAUAUUUAUUUGUUAUCUCUUACACAUAGAGAAUUCCCCUACAAACUCUUCAAAAUAGAUUAAAAGAAAUACUGUUUUCUAUUUAUUUUAAAAACUACAUAAAAUAUUUUUUUAUAAUUACAGAUUGAGAUUUUUAAACUUUUGGUUCUCUUUAUCAACUUUGUCAGUCAAAUGUAGAAUCUCAUUUUAGUAUCAAAUGCAAAAUCCGAAAAAAGAAA